AUGAAGUUCCUUCUGGUGACUUGCCUGCUAGUUACGGGCUGCUUAACCGUCAAAGCUGAAGCCGGAAUCGAGGAAGCCGGGGAGAAGCCGGAGAUUACGAAGCUGGAGCUGGUGGACCUCGGAGAAGGAAAAAGCGACAUCGACGUCGAAGACUCGGAUGUUCAAAGAAAAAGGGACUCGGGUUAUUCAUACAGGAGACCCAGCGGUUUCACAGCGACCACGAGAUCCCGUUUUCAAGUCGGACAGCCCGGGCACAGAGGACGCAUCGUGAACAGACAUCCUGCCCAAAUAAACAGACCUGUUACGAAGUACGGUCCACCCGGCUAUCAGAAUCCGUCUCCAUCGAGGCCGGGCUCGCAAAGUCAACAGCAUCGAGACAAAUUACAAUUCCACGGUCAUUUCGGUCAACAGCAUUCGAGCAACUUUGAUAGCAGGCCGAGCGGUUUGCAGGAGCAAGGAGUUCCGAGUCCAAUUAGACAAGUCGAUUUCGUUGAGCCUAGUCCGAUAGCCAGCCAGAACAACGAACCGUUCGCAUCGCACACGGCGAACUAUUUGCCGCCCCAGAAUCAGAAACUGCCCGGUUACACGCAGUCACAGUUGUUCGCUCAGUCGCAGAACCCUGUGGACAACGGGCAAGGUCAAUUAUCCAAUUUCCAAAGUCAAAACAUCGUGCAGCCGCAGUCGCAACUGUCGGACGCGGCCAUUUUCCUCACUCAAAACGCCCAUGCCAUACAACAGCUAUACGGCGCGCCACCGAACGAACAAGAUUUCGCGCCGAACGACGCUCCGUUUCCGGGUCAAACGAAUCAACUACCGUUGCCGGUCGGUCAAUUCGAAAAUCUCGAGAGCAGCUCGCAAAAUCCCCUAGAUUUCCCUGGCAACCUGCCGUCGUACGCCUCCGGAACUCUCAGUGCCCAGGAAACCCUGGAACAGAUUCAAUCCCUCGAAAAGGAUCGGUUGAUCGUGCAGCUACAACGCGCGCUCGCCAGCCAGUCCCAGGUGCAGAACACGGACGUAGCAGGAAGGUACGCUCAAAAUCAGCCGGGCUUCGUUCAGAGUCAAGAUCUUCUGGCUUCCAUCGGACAGCGAAUGAAGAUUCAUGGUUUAAACGCGCAACCGAGUACCGUAACGGUCGUGCCCGGAAGUACCACUUUCAAUCAAUCACCUUUUUUGCCAGGGACAACGAUCAGUCCAGGGCUACCGCUUAACUACGGAGUUACCACCACUAUUCAGCCCCCAACGACCACCGCAACGACAACAACGACCACCGUGCAGCCUCCUCAAUCUGCCAAAGGUGAUGGGACAACGCAGGUUAGUUCCUCCGUACCUGCGACUGCUCUAUCGCCCAGCGCAGGUGUUCCAGUGUACGCUGGCUUCGUACCGACCCUGAUCGCCGGCACGAACUUCGUUUCGAACAUUCCGACUUACGGUCCUAGCUUCUUCGCACCAGGCACCGUUACAUCCGUCCAAACGUCUGGCUCCUCGCCCACGCAUUUCGGGCUACCAAUCCCCACGAACCAGAAACCUGUCACAACGACCACGCCGUCGUCGACACCCUCGUCGACCCCGUCGAUCCCUUCGACCGUCCGGCCAAGUGCUCCUUCAUCUCCGCCGCUCAACGCGCUCCCUCUUCCCGUGCACCCCGUCGCGACGCCGCUGCAUCCGGUGGUGACACCUCUUCACCCGGUGACACCUUUGCAACCCGUGUUACCUGCCACGACGGGCCACGUACAACCAGCGUCGACAGCUCAUCCGACGUAUGGUGUCCAAACACCGGUGAUCAAUCCGUUCCUGUACAAGCCCGUCAAACCUGUCUACCCGCUCUAUUAUUACCCGAACGUGGCGUAUCAGCUGCACAAGCCCACGAUCCCGACUUACCCGUGGAGCUACGCGCCGACCUACGCCACGCAAGCGAAACCGGCCCAAAUAUGGAAGUGA